UAUCAUAUAUAAGUACUUUGACAACUUGUUGUUUGCUAUAUAAUUUUAACGGAGAGUACAUAAACCUUGAAAUGAUGACAAUUAAUAAAUAUAUCCGAAUACUAUUCAAUUGCAAAGUUAGGAUUACCAUGAUGAAACACUUUACAGUGCUAGUUUUAUUUUACUUACUAAAGUCCCAAGCAGUUUUAAGCGAAACUAGAGAGCCAACCUUUAAAUAUGUCACGUCGUAUAACAAGGAAGGAAGAUUUAUGACCAAGGACGAUAUUGAAAAAUUAAGCGUCAACGUACUCAAGCCAAUAAUAUUCAUUAUAGGUGGUUUGACAAAUACAGACAAAAAGAACGACUCCUGGAGCACUGACCUUCAGGAUGCUUACCUAGAGAAGCUCGUUCAUAACGUUUUCAUAGUGGACUGGUGCCUGCCCGCGCCCCCGGAGUCGUCGUCCAUAAACAAAGCCCAUUCCGCAGGAUUGGCGGUAGCGGAUUUUAUAGCUACAAUAUUUAAUAAAACCGAAGAGGAUUACUUAAAUAUUCACUUAGUGGGAGUCUCUUUGGGCUGCGAGGUUGCCGCCUCGGCGGCCGAGCGCCUCCGCGAUUUAUCCGGAAGAAAAAUAAACAGGAUUACUGGCUUGGAUCCUGCUUAUUACUUAAUUAACGACAAAGGCGAGCAGAGGAAACUCGCGGCGGGAAAUGCAGAUUUCGUCGAUGUAGUCCACACGAAUUUAACUGACAUCUGUGAGCAAAUAGGUCAUGCCGAUUUCUGUGUGGACGAUGUUGGUAUAAAUAAGGGUCCCCUUGAUGACAGUAAACCGAAAUCUGUUGCAUUAUUUGCCACGUCUGUAAAUUCUAAUGAUAUCAGAGCAACGAAAUGUGAUAAUAUAGAAAAUUUUAGAAGUGGAGCAUGCAACAACAGUGAAAGAGUAACGUUUGGGGAAAACAUUGACAUUAGCGCUCAAGGAAAAUAUUAUAUGAAGAAUUAAAUCAUUCGUUACCGUUAUUUGUACAUUAUAAAAUAAAUGCUUUAAAACUUAUUAAAAAUUUUCGUAUCACACCAA